GAGGUAUAUGCAGGUAUAAGAUGGCGUCGUCCGACGGGUUCCGUGUUUCACGUUUGUAUUAGUGUUAUUUCUGUGUCACGAAUUUCAUAGUUUUCCGCAUUGCGAACGUAUAUACGUCUACUGUGAAGCAAUUCAAUAAAAUAUAUAAUUAAUAAGAGAAACAAGUUGAAUGACAAUUCAGUUUCGACGGGCUGACUUCAUUACAUUCCUCGGUUAAGAAGCAGAUAUUAUUUUAAGAGAAAUGCCGGACAGUGGGGCUGUUUAUCAGCCGACAACAGUGGGCUACAUGUAUGACAGCGGAGGUGAAGGGAUAGGAGGAGGCGGAACUACUUUUAGAAGUGGCUUUUGGAGAGUUAUAUCCAGACACAAGCUUAACUCCAGGAAAUGGUUGGAACUACUAUUAUCAUCUGCUGCCAUAUGUUUCUUUGUUGCUGGCUUUACUACGAUGCUGGUCAGCCUGGUCUUUGUUUCCGAGGAUCCACGAGAAAAUAAAGUCGAGGUGAAUGGAAGCCCAACUUCUCCAAGCACAGACAUCGAGGAACAUUCAGAGGACGAUGCGAGCAAUUCCAUAGCUUGCGGAGCAAGUAUGAUGCUGUUAGGGGUAUUAUCAGGGUGUGCCUGGGCCUGGCUGCGAUUCUUCAGGCGUGGCAAGUCUCCCAGAGGUGGAAUGGUCGGUAGCAGCGGUCAGAUGUUGGGCGGUUUGAAUCCAUCGACUGACUUGCUGGUGGGUUCCACUUCGCAGUACGGGCCGGUCCUCACGGAACUCCCGAGCCAGUUAAAAUCGAUGAAGCACCAUCAGCAGCAGCAGCAGGUUGAUACACCGCACGUGAUACCGCUGUCGGACCACGAGGAAGAGACGCGCACGCUGAUGCAGGAGGCGGCGACUCCCAAUCACACGGUGAACGCGUCCGGACCGAACACGAUCGCUAAUCAGUUGCCUGGUUGAAUAGAAAUUCUCCCGUCCCUGCGUUGAAAGGUUCGACUUCGAGCGAAUCGAGUUUAGAAACGACGGUUCAUUAUUUCUCCGUCGAGGACGUUAAGAAUUCUUUUCUACAUCAUUUCGAUAUUCUUAGCUACUUGGAAUUUGAUUAUUUCUAUCUACAAUCGAUCAUUGUAAAGCUGAAUGCACAUAUUGUGAAGUUAGAGAGAGGAUUCGUCGGUUUAAAGUUAGACUUAUCUGUUAGCGUCGUUCGUAUUCUGAUUUAGAAACCCUAAGCAUUCCUCCACUCCGUCCAGCAAUGGUUGUCGAUGCAUCAAUUAGAAUUACAUUGAAUCCAGGCAGUCUCUAAUUUAUUUUCGUAAAGAAAUUGUUAUUUUUACGUGGACUUUUAUUAUCGUUAAUAUUAAUUCUAGUUAUUCCUUGGGACUGGUAAGUGUAUAUAUAUAUACUAUAUGCAAGGGGGAAGCGCGUGUAUAUAUUAGAAUAAUCAUCGAUUAGUUGCAUUUAAGCCGCACAAUUUGUCGAAAUUUUACAUUCUAGGCGUCUCCGUACAAUCUUUUAUAUUAUUUUUUAACGACGGUUUGGUAGGAUUUUUCUUGACCGUUUCACAAUUUCUGGAUUCAAUGGCGUAGACUAGGGAAACUUUCGUGGUUAAUUAAGUUUUAAUUUCGUGACGAGAUAUGCUGUACUAUACACGAUUUUUAAUUAUCGUCGUUUCGUUGUAUGAUCAUGUAUACAAAUACAAAGAAUAAAUAAGAUUGAAUCAAGGA